AACGUAUUCCAUAACGUUGUUACAAACAAAAUGGCGUCCGGCAGUGGGUCCAGUGGUGGAGGUAAUAGCAGCAAGAAUGAUUUUCGACGAAAGUGGGACAAAGAUGAAUAUGAACAACUGGCUCAAAAACGUCUCGAUGAGGAGAGAGACAAAAAAGAUGGCAAACCAGCGCCCCCAGUUAAGCGGGAACUCCUGCGACACAGGGACUACAAGGUGGACCUCGAGUCCAAGCUGGGUAAAACCAUUGUUAUCACCAAGACCACACCACAGGCUGAGAUGGGCGGGUACUACUGCAAUGUGUGUGAUUGUGUUGUGAAGGAUUCCAUCAACUUCUUGGACCACAUCAAUGGCAAGAAACACCAGAGGAAUCUGGGAAUGUCCAUGCGUGUAGAGCGAUCCUCAUUGGACCAGGUGAAGAAACGAUUUGAAGUUAACAAGAAGAAGAUUGAGGAGAAGCAGACGGAGUAUGAUUUUGAAGAGCGCAUGAAAGAGCUUCGAGAAGAGGAGGAGAAAGCAAAGGCUUACAAGAAGGAGAAGCAGAAGGAAAAGAAGCGCAAAGCAGAGGAGGAUCUUUUCGAGGAGGAUGAUGAAAUGGCUGCUGUGAUGGGAUUCUCGGGGUUUGGUUCAUCAAAGAAAGGCAAAUGACCUAAAGACUUUAUGCAUUUCUUUACACUCUACAAACUUUCCCUUUCAGCUGAUCAAAGUAAACUUUGCUGUCUGUAGUAUUCUAUCAACCUGUUCCCAGAUGUGCUAAAGCCAGCUACUUGUUGUCAUGAGCACAACAAAAGGGUUGGCUAUAGAGCAAACUGUUCUGCCACCAGGUCGGUAGUCUAUGACUCAUCCCCAAAACCCCCUAUUCUAUUCCCAAACCAGCCUCCCAAAAAAACUAAAUGCAUACUGUACAUACAGUCUGAGGAGUCCCUGAAACUGCUAGGUUUGUGGUUGAUAGAAUGGGAUAACAUGUCAUAGUAAUACAAUUAGUAAUUUAUUGGGAAUUUUAUAUCUGAAUUUAGGGUAAAUGUCCACAGAUGUUAAAAAAAAACAAUAACUUACAACAGGUUCCCAUUGACCUUGAAGAUUUUUUUGUGUGUUCAUUUGCCUACAUUCCACUAGUUGCACUACCUGUUUUUUCACGCAAAUAUAGUGGAUGUUUAUCUGCUAUCAAAGAUGUCAGUUAUUGGACAGUGCAUUUGAUUUUAUUUGACUUUAACUGUUCGGCCCCCAAAUAACCUCACAACUAAAUGCUUCCCUAAUAAAUUCCACCUAGAAACAUGGGGCAAUUGUGUAGUAGUGUUUGCCUUACUCAAGACAUCUGUAAUUCAUACAAUAAAUUGUUUGACUUUGUAAA